CGUGGUGGAUGUAGGAAUUCGAUUGGGUUAUUACACUUUUGAGUGAGCAGUGUCUUCCUUUGUGUUCCCCUAUAUAUCUACCUCUUCCUUUUUUUUGCUGGAAUUGUCAGCACUUGCAGUUGUAAGGGAGAGAGAUCAAGGAGAGAGAGAUGGGGAACCUCUCUUUUUCAGCUACUUUUCUACUUCUCAACUUUUUAGUCUUCCAACUAGCAGAUGGUUAUACUACUAGUACUUCAGCUACCCAAAACAAUAGAAAAGCACUCGAAAGAGAUUACACUCCUCACCCUCCAGAACCAGAUCAUUGGCACUGCGUUACUCCCUCUCCCUCUCCAGAUCAUUGGCACUGCGUUACUCCCUCUCCACGUCCACCUCCGCCCCCUCCAAAACCAAAAUGCCCACCCCCUCCCCCUCCAAAGCCAAAAUGCCCAACCCCUCCCCCUCCACCACCGCCGCCACCUCCACCGCCGCCGCCACCGCCCCCUCCUCCUCCAAAGCCAAAAUGCCCACCCCCUCCCCCUCCAAAGCCAAAAUGCCCAACCCCUCCCCCUCCACCACCGCCGCCACCUCCACCGCCGCCGCCACCGCCCCCUCCUUCUCCAAAGCCAAAAUGCCCACCCCCUCCCUCUCCACCACCGCCGCCACCUCCACCUCCGCCUCCUCCUCCGCCACCGCCGCCACCUCCACCUCCACCUCCACCUCCACCCGUUGCACCUGAACUCUUAAGGGACAUCCGCACUAUCCGAAAAUUCAAGAACAGAAUAACUCAGGACCCACUAGGCGUUACAAAAACUUGGCGAGGCAGAGGUAUCUGCACAGACAACUCUAAAUACAAAGGCUUCAUCUGCGGCAAAAUCAAUUCAACCGACAGGUUCCGAGUUGCUGGUGUCAAGUUCAACGGCUUCCACUUCAACGGCUAUCCACUCAUUGUCAAUGACUUCAUUGAAGACCUCAAAGACCUAGUCUUCUUCCACGCCAACUCCAACAACUUCACCGGCCCCAUUCCCGCCAAAGUUGCCACACUCCCAUAUUUCUUCGAGCUUGACUUGAGCAACAACAAGCUCACUGGAUCAUUUCCAAACGAGGUCCUUGCCGCCACCAACUUGACCUUCUUGGACCUUAGGUUCAACAACCUUACCGGUACAUUGCCACCUCAGGUAUUCAAACUCGACCUCGACGUUCUCUUCCUCAACAACAACUGUUUCAGUGGACACCUACCGGACAGCCUAGGCAGCACUCCGGUGCUUUAUCUCACCUUAGCAAACAACAAAUUUACCGGUCCAAUUCCAAAAAGCAUCGGCCGAGCUUCGAACACGUUGAUUGAGGUGCUGUUUCUGCACAACCGGUUGUCUGGCUGCCUUCCGCAUGAGAUUGGGUUGUUGAAGAAAGUGACCAUUUUCGACGCCAGCCUCAACCAUUUGACAGGUGGGAUACCAUUUUCUUUCGGUUGCCUGGAAAAGAUGGAGCGGCUGAACAUGUCUUUUAACCGGUUAUACGGGGAGGUACCGGAGAUAGUGUGCAGGCUCAAGAACUUGUACAAGCUUACCUUGAACAACAACUACUUUACGCAGGUUGGACCGGAAUGCAGAAAGUUGAUUAUGAGAAAUGUGCUUGAUGUAAAUAUGAAUUGCAUUUUAGAUCUUCCAUCACAGAGAAGUAAAGAAGAGUGUGAUUCCUUCUUCACAGAGCAACAACCAUGCUCAUCAGACCAGAAAAACCGUUACAUACCUUGUCGUGUUGAUAAUUCUACGGUGCAGGAAACGUCUGAUCAUCCACGAACGCCUCCGAUUGCUCCAUCACCAUCUUAUGCUGCUCUGAUCAAGCAUAGCUAAUGAAUGCAAUGUCAAUGAGUAAUUCUUUAUAGUUCGCUAUCUUUGUAGUAAUAUUUGUGUUUGUAUCAAUGCAGAAGAUUUCUAAUGUAAAAUGUUAUUUUUUCAUGCUAAAAUUGUAUUUUAAGAUAA